AAUUCUUUUACUGGGCUGUCAUAGUUAGUUAAGGCAUUUUAUGCCGGGUAAACAGAAAUCGAUAGCAAUCUAUCGAAAUAUCAUUGCGAUAUCAGUAGAUGUUGCUAACCAGCUACGAAACAAGAUUUUUUAAUAAUGUCUUCGUGUUUGUAAAAUCGCAGUUGUUGCCAAAUCAUUUAAUUAUUAAUGUGCUGCGGUCACUAAGCGUAACAGAGAUAGCGGACUAGAACACAAACAGAAGAGGCAUGAGUUGGUUCGAAAAAGCCAAAACGGUUCUAAUCGAAGCGCUUGAUAUUCAGGAUGAUGACAACAAGGCAACAGAUAACGCUGGCAGUAGCACUACAGCAACCAGCAGCAGUAGCAGCGCAGCAUCAUCGAUGGCCGGCGCCAAAGGUUCGGCAGCAAACACAUUAAACACAUCAGCUAUAGACGGGGCCAUAUUCUAUGAUAAUCCGCAUGCGAACGAGAUGGUAACCAUUCCGCCCAGAGCGAGCGAUGCCUCAGCGUCAGCACCGGCCAAUCUCUAUGCGAAACGACAGUCGGCCACGUCAGAUUCCGUGGAUCUUCUGUCAUCGCCAUCACCCACGUCGCCAACUGGUGUCGGAUGUUUACGCAAUUCCGAAUCAUCACUGGAGCUAAUAACAGCGCCAACAACAGCCAGUGAAGUGGAAAUGAAUAUGUCCCCGGAUACGGAACCUUCGCUGCCGGAUAGCAUAGUCAUAAUAGCCAGCAACGAAACAUCUGACAAUGCGGAUGGCGACGAUGACGAUGACGACGAUGAUGCGAUUGACGAAGAUGAUGAUGGGCAAGUGCUCAAUUUGGAUCAGGAUGAUCAUUCAUUACAUUUGAAUGAUUCUACCAAAACAAUGAAAGCCUUGGUAUUUAGCGACACACAAACUGCCGUCAAUGUUUCUGGCGCUGGGGCUGGUGCCGAUUCGGAUUCGACGCAAAGCUUUGAGGAUAUCCAACUGCAGUUGAGUCACAAGAGCAAGUCGGCCGGCAGUCCGGUUAGCACAGAGGCCUGUCAGCACGCAAACAAAACGGAGCUACCCGAUCAGAGCUACUCGUCCACAUCGUCGGACAUUGAGAUCAUAUCGAAUCCAAAUGGUGAUUCCAGUACAAAUAGCACGACGACGCGCACGAGUCCGCAAAAGUUCAAAGAGCUGUGCGGCAGUGUUAAGGGGCAUGGUCAUGGCUUGCAUGGUCACAAGCAAGGCAAGGGUCACCACCGCGAACCAUCAGAGAUCUCAUUGCUGUCAGAGGAUUCGCAGUCGGAGCUGGACAAACUAGUUCAUCGCAUAAGUGAACUCAAUCAGGUAAUCGAGGCGCGCGAACAGCGUCUGCUACAAUCGGAGCGUCAGAAUGCUGAGCUCCUCGAGCGCAAUCAACAGCUGUGCGCCCAUAUGGAGGCGGCCAAGAAUAGUGCCAACAGCAGCGAGGCCAACGAGGCAGUGCAGCGUCUCUCAGCAUUGGAAAAGAAAUUUCAGGCUAGCAUACGGGAACGGGAUGCAUUGCGCAUACAAAUCAAGAGCCUUAAGGACGAGCUUCUCAACAAAAUACCCAAGGAUGAGUUAACUGAAAGCAAUGAAAUGAUCACAGCGCUGCAGUCCGAAGGUGAGAAACUCUCCAAGGAGAUUUUGCAGCAAUCGAACAUUAUCAAGAAGUUGCGCGCCAAGGAGAAGACCUCGGACACACUGCUAAAGAAAAAUGGCGAGCAAAUCUCACAGCUGUCCAGUGAAUCGGAACGCUUGAAGAAAUCCCUGGCCGCCAAGGAGGAAAUGGAACGUUCACAAAUUGAAGCCGUUUGCCGCAUGACCAAUGACAAACGGCGCGUGGAUGAGGAGAACGCUGAAUGUCGCAGCCGUAUCGAGGAUUUGCAAUCGAAGCUGGCUGCGCUCCAGGCGAGCUUCGAUGGCGUCAAAGGUGACCUGCAGCAGCGUCAGCGCCACGAACAGAAUCAAAUGCAAGCCGAGAAUCAGGAGUAUGUGCAACAAUUGAGCGAAAUGCGUGAAAAGUUGCGAAUCACCGAGCACAACAUGGUGAAGCGGGAGCAGCAGAUGCGCGAAGAGAAGCGUGAUUUGAUGCGUCGACUCGAGGCGGCCGAAUCGCGGGCUGAGAGCAGUACCCAAGAGCUUAGCGUGUCGACGACGCCGCUCAUUAGACAAAUCGAAUCGCUUCAGAAGACGCUCAAUCAACGCACCGUCACCUGGAACAAGGAUGAGCAGCAGUUGCUCGAGAAGCUGGAGGAUGCGCAAUCGCAACUGCGCUCGCUACAGCAGCUCGAGACGGUGCAGCACGAGAAACAGGAGCUGCUGCGCACACGCUGCGACCUGCUCGAGGAGAAACUAGCCAAUGCUCUAAUGCAAGCAGAAAGCGCUAAAAUUCAACUACGUCAGCAGGAAUUGGAUGCCAGUAUCAGAGAGAAUGACUACAAGAGCCAACUGAGCACGCUGCAGGUGCAGCUGAAGCAGCGCCAGGACAAGCUAGAAUCCUUGGCUGAACAAUGCCAACAAUUGGAAGCGGAAUUGCGAAAACUGCAUGCCUUUCAGCGAAGCAGCGAACUAACCGUGGAGGCGGUCAAGGCCAGCAACGAGCUGUCGGAGAAUCGUUGCCAGAAGCAGUUGCACGUCUCUCCACCGCUCAGCCUGGCGGAUGACAGCGGCUCCAAUGAGGAUGCACUGGGCGGCAUUAUUGAUUGGCAGGGCGAUGAUUUGGAAUGCGCAUCGAACAGUGGACGACAGCAGUCGGGCAUGAUUCAGGGCGUGCAUUUGAGCUUUUUAGCUGGAAAUACCACAACGCUCGAGCAUCUGCAGGCGCUGCUCAAGCAGCGCGAUGGCGAACUAACGCAUUUGCAGUGGGAACUGUCGCGUCUGCAGGCGGAACGCGGCGUGCUGGACAACGAAAUAUCCAAUUUAACUAUGGAAAUGGAAACGUUAAAGGAGAAAGUGCAAUCUUAUGAAGCUAUGGAGAAAUGCUAUGAGGAUCUGCAGCAUCGCUACGAUGCUUUGCUGCAAAUGUACGGCGAGAAGGUGGAACGCACUGAGGAGCUCGAGCUGGAUCUGGUCGAGCUGAAGCAGGCGUAUAAAAUACAAAUCGAUGAGCUGCUUGCCGCGCCGCCUCCAAAUCUUCAGCGACCAGCCAAGCACACAUGAUUGCCGUCUCUGGCAUGGUUGCGACGUGCCCAACAGCCGGCAAUCCAGUCGGAUUUGUAUCAGAAUUUUCACUUCGUCGACCUUAUGCAAAUGUAGUCUUCGAGCAUUACUUAACGAAGCUGUUUAUUUUCAUUCCUCUAUUUUGCUUGUUUAUAUGUGUAGCACCUGUGUCCUUUUAUGUCACACAGCUAGCACCCCGCCCCUUUUCUAGCGUCCAAUUAAUUAUCUAUGUAU